AUGUGCGAGGUGCAGACGUUGCAGGAAGACCUGGCCCAGAUGUUCACCGAAUUCAGGGAGCAGCGCUGCUUCGAGUUGCUCCGGCUGUUUGGGCAAGUGCGUAGCUGUGAUUGCGACCACCAAAUUCGUGUGCGGCAGAUCCAGAAGCCGGCGCUCAGAUUACCGAUGGCCAGACGGAAAUUGCUAGCGUUUUGCGUAAUAUUCCUGCUGCUGCUGCUGCUGCUGGCCUUGAUGUGGAUCUAUACGACAAGGCGAUACAAUCAGGUGGCGGCCAUGGGCAGCGGCGCCUGCGCCUCCACAAUCCUAUUUACCCAUAACGAUUGCGAUAUCUACGCUUAG